UCAUGAGAGCUGCAACACUGCUGUCUUCAGUCUGUUGAGAGACUUUAGCUGUUAAAAUCAGUUUUGUUCUCUUGUCCUACAUAUGGAGAUCUAGUUGUGUAAAGACAUUGUUUUUCAUUUGGAUUCUGCCUGUUUAAGGAGGUUUCACUGAAGUAUUAACAAAUAAAAGAAGACUCGUGCUGUAAGUAAUGAAAUUGAAUUAAAUCUGCUUGACAUACUAUUGAAGAUGGAGUUUAUUAAAGAAGAGUUUGUUAAAGAGGAGUUUGUUAAAGAGGAGAGUGAAGACAUCAGUAUUUCAGAAACAUUCAGACUGAAGAAUGAAGAUACUGAGGAACAAAGAGACCUGAUGGAAGUAAAAGAGGAAAGCCAAGAACUUAAUGAAGUGGAGGAAAAACAUCAGUAUCAGAAACACGAUAAAUUUGUAAUUGCAGAAAAGUCUGUUAGUUCCACACAGACUAAAAAGAAAUUCACACAAAAAAGGACUACAAGAACAAAACCAGAACAUUUGUUCACCUGCUCUCAGUGCGGAAAGAAUUUCACACUUAAAGGAAGCCUGAAUAUCCACAUGAGAAUUCACUCCGGAGAGACUCCAUAUGCAUGCCUUCAGUGUGGAAAGAGUUUCAAACAUAAAGGAAGCCUGAAUAUCCACAUGAGAAUUCACUCUGGGGAGACCCCAUACACAUGCCAUCAGUGUGGAAAGAGUUUCAAACAUAAGGGAAGUCUUGAUGAGCACAUGAGAAUUCACACUGGAGAAAAGCCUUUUACAUGCCCUCGGUGUGGAAAGAGUUUCACACAAAAAGGAAGCCUGAAUAUCCACAUGAGAAUUCACUCUGGAGAGAAACCUUUCACAUGUCAUCAGUGUGGAAAAAGAUUCACACACAAAGAAAAUCUGAAGCAACACAUGAGAAUGCACUCUCGAGACACCCCAUACACAUGCCUUCAGUGUGGAAAGAGUUUCAAACAUAAGGGAAGUCUUGAUGAGCACAUGAGAAUUCAUACGGGAGAGAAACCUUUCACAUGUCUUCAGUGUGGAAAGAGUUUCACACAAAAAGGAAGCCUUAAUAUCCACAUGAAAAUUCACACUGGAGAGAAACCUUACACAUGCCAUCAGUGUGGAAAAAGUUUCACACAUAAAGAAAACCUGAAGCAGCACAUGAGAAUUCACUCUGGAGAGACCCCAUAUACAUGCAUUCAGUGUGGAAAGCGUUUCACACACAAAGGAAACCUUAAUAUCCACAUAAGAAGUCACACUGGAGAGAAACGUUUCACAUGUCAGGACUGUGGCAAGAGUUUCAUACAUAAAGGAAGUCUUAAGGAUCACAUGAGAAUCCACACUGGAGAGAGGCCUUUCACCUGCCUUCAGUGUGGCAAGAGUUUUAGAUAUAAAAAAGGCUUAAAAUAUCACAUAGGAAUUCACUCUGGAGAGAAGCCAUUCACAUGUCCUCAGUGUGGAAAAAGUUUUUUAAUUAAAGAAAGCCUGAAAAAGCACGUAAGAAUUCACAACAAUUUAAAACAACACCAGAGAAAACGUACUGGUGUGAAAGCUCAUGUGUGCGGCGAGUGUGGAAAAGCCUUUGUUCGAUUCAGCACUUUGAAACAGCACCAAAGAGUUCAUACAGGAGAAAAACCUUACAAGUGUUCACAUUGUGAAAGUCGUUUUGCUUUUCCAACACACCUGAAAAAACAUGAGAAAGUGCAUACUGAAGAGAAGACAAUUGAUUGCACUCAAUGUGGGAGGAGUUUCAGCCAGCCAAGUACUCUAAAGAGACAUUUAAAGAACUGCCAAAAGAUGUCACAGUGAGCAAACGUCAUCUCGAGAAUCUUUGUCGUGUGAAAUUUGUUUUCCUUCCAAAGAUGUACUGUGUUUAAAGCCUUAACGUGAAUUUUCACCACAAAAAUUACAUUUUGAAUUGAAGCAUGAGUCAAUCAUACCCGAAACAACAUUCUGGCAAACUUACAAACUAAACUGUUUUUUUUUUUUUACGGUUAGCGCUGUAUGAUUGCUCCAGAGUACUUGUAACCCUACAAGCAUUUUCAAGUACUUCAGUUACAGUGGCUUUGGGAAACAGGCCACAAAACUAAGAUGAAUAGUAAGAUGGAUUCUUCAAUCUAUUUAGACUUAUGAUACUUUUGGGAAACAAGGCUCUGACUAAUAAAAUAUGAGCUUUGGACUACGUGUCAGGAGCUGUUACAGUGACCAAAACAGCACAACAUGCGGCACUAAAGCACAAAAAGCUGAGUUGACUGACAUUAAACAUUGAAGGAACUCAAGAAAUGCUGAACCAGCCAUGAGGAAUAUGUGGUUUAUGUCAAACAGGGGUGGAGCUUGGGGGUGGCCAGGCUUUGGUCCACCUCUGGCCACCUCCAAGCCCCGCCCUUGU